UCAAAGGGUGCACUGUACUAACAGGAAAUAUCAGUUCGACUGUGGAUUUGGUGGUUGUUACUUGUGAUACAGUGUUGCUUUGCGUGAUUUUUACGGGACCUUUUCAGCAUCCAUGCAUCCCCGGCGCCCUGAAGGAUUUGAUGGUUUAAGUUACAGAGAAAGAGAGGAUCCUGUACAUAGCAGUAAUUUUAGGGCAAGGUCAUACAAUUCAUUUACUGAUCUGCCACACUGGGUAACAACACCUCCUGAUAUUCCUGGAAGUAGAAACCUGCAGUGGGGUGACACAACACCCCAGUAUGUAUCUAGCACUCCUGCUGACCCUGGGGCUGGCGGUGAUGCUGCAACUUUAACUGGUUCGUCCAACAACGACCAGCUAAGCCGAUUUGCAGGAUUUGGAAUCGGACUGGCAAGCCUUUUUACAGAAAAUGUUUUGGCGCAUCCUUGUAUUGUUUUUCGCCGUCAAUGUCAGGUUAAUUAUCAUGCAAGAAACUAUCAUCUUACCCCAUUUACAGUAAUUAGUGUCAUGUACAACUUCAGCAAGACACAGGGUCCAAAAGCACUCUGGAAGGGAAUGGGAAGCACAUUUAUUGUUCAGGGAAUAACCCUGGGAACAGAAGGAAUAAUCAGUGAAACGACACCAUUGCCAAGGUUAGAAGAGUUUGAGGUUGUAGAGGUUGAUAAUGUAUUCUAUAUUUUAGGAAUGAAAUUUGAAAAGAGUGAUUCCCCAGCAGAGUUCUUAGCUUUGGUGCUGGCUAGAAGGAAUUUUACUGGAGUGUACCAUUCUAGAAGCACUGUAUGGUUGUAA